UUCUGACGAAUAUGUAAGGUGUGUGCUAUUGCGACGAGACCCUCGAUUGUCUAUUUAGUCAUCACGGUAGCAUCAUGGAGUGAGCGGAUCAAGUAAAUUAUUCUUCCAAAGUGUUUUGCACUUACGCCAAACUAUCCGUACCGAUUCGAUGCGGUUCAGCGGUCAGCGAUCAGUGGAUGUUUCUCGUUCAGUUAGACCCAGUGCAAAAUGAGUGCCCGUCCCAGUCCCGCACCGUUUAAGCGAUCGAUAGAUGGGUUGUUCAACGUGUGGCUAAAUCUGCGGAACCAAGGCCAUGAGAAACCGCUCCGAAACGCGUUGUACAAUGUUCUAGUCAUCGGAGUGAUGGCGGUGGUUAUCGGGGUGAUUUUGGUUCUAGCCCCGUUUUUCAAACCUCUACUUUGGGCGUUUCUGUUCGGAGCCGUUCUCUUCCCAGCGAAAAAGAGACUCUCCGAAUCGCUGAAGGGAUGGAUCGAGCGGAUAGAGAAGGACGACAAAUACCUGUUGCUCGGUGUGCUAAGCGCUCCGGUGUGCUGGGUGGACUCGCUGGGCGAGUUUCUUACCGGCUGGUUGAAGGAGCACCUGAAAAUCAUCGGCAUUGGCUUCGGCGGUCUGGUGCUGCUGCGCUUCAUCUUGUGGUUAACGCCGUCGGAGGUGUUCUUCUCAAUAUGGAAUUUUGUCAUAUGGAACCAUUCGCUUUUCCGGUCUCUGCUGAGUUCACUGUCCCUGCAGAUGGUGGUCGUCAUACUGGUAGUGUACGUUGUUAGCGUAUACUUCCUUUGGACGCCAGCCCUUGAAACUCCUUUUCUGGUGAUUGGACAGUUUCUAUGGAUGGUGAUAGUUGGCUACGGUAGCAGCUUCUUGGGCGCCUUGCAAGUACCCAUGUUUCUAGGAUUGCUGACGUACGGGGCAGCCGGACUGGCCUAUAAUCUACAGAAAGAUGAUCGCAACGUUCGCUUAAUUGACAAGUGGCAUAGUCUGCUCGAUGUGACCAGUUACCGAUUGGAAGAUCCAGCAAGCGUCGUCAACGCACCCGCUUCCGCCAGCUGUGAAACUUCGCGAAUCGAAGAUAUCAAAUCAAAGCUCCAACUAGACGUCACAGCAACGCCACAGCUUUCUAGUACCAUGAACGAAACACCCGCAGGCGCGAGUCACACGUACCCGGCCAGCAUGCUGAAUAAGGUGGAAGUGCUCGAAAGUGAUGUGUACUUUCGUCUCCUGUUCUAUGCCUGCGGAGCAACGUUGGUUUGGACGCACACAUGGCUGCUGUUUUUGGGAGCUAUCCCGAUAUGCAUCCACGUCGUUCGGCGGGUUGCCGAAUUUCUCGGCAUUGUAGCCUACGUUUCACAGAAAGUGCAACAUUACUGGACUUUGCUAAAGUUGUGGUUGUUCCCACGGCACUCCGCGUUGCUGCCGCUCUGCCUUCCCGGCAUUUUACGCCUGAACACAAACUUUCAUCGAUACGCUUGUGCCAAAAUACGCUCAUACAUCGAUGAUAUCAGCUCCAUUGUGAUGAUAGGGUUUCUUAUCGUACUCGUCAUGCUGAUCAGCGUGUUUGCUUUCACGCAAAUCUACUCCGAAGCCAUCGCGGUGGCGCAACUUGGCUCAAAUCUCGUAAAUCGCACGCUUAUACAUCGUCCAGAAUUGAUAGAAAUGCUACCGAUCGAUAUGCAAUCGAUGGACAACAUCAUCGACAACGCCCACAAAUAUGGACGAUCACACAUCGAACAGUACGUGAACGGUAUCUUCAACGAUACGGAUCCAACGCAGGCGAUUAAGCUAAAGAUGCAGAUACUCAGCGUAUGGGACCGUCUUAUUCAAAGCUGGAUGGAUCGUAACAAUGCUGAAGGAAUGGUUGGGCCGAGAGUACCGGCACAAGCCAUUCGAAUGACAAUCGAUGAGAUUUUUAUCAAUCCAAUUACUAAGGCUGGUCUCAUUGGGUUUAUCAAGAGCAACUUUGGCAUGCUCUGGGAGGUUGCAGACUCGCUGUGGAUGCUCCUGAGGACUAAUUUAACGCUUCUAUUGUCCGCCGUCGGCACGCUCGUCUCGGCGAUCCUUGGUGGCGGUCACGCGGUUUUGAAAUUCUUGUUUCACACGAUUAUAUUCUUCACUACCUUAUUUUAUUUACUGCAAAGCAGCCAAGAUCGAUAUGCCCCAACUGCGGUCACCAUCAACAAUUCAUGGGGGCCCCGUAUCAUACAGGCGCUGGAGGAUUCAAUCUCCAGCGUCGUGGUAGCCACGCUGAAGCUGGCGCUCUUCCAUGGCUUGUUUACUUGGCUGACUCACACCGUUUUCGGUGCACAUAUCGUCUAUCUGCCCGCGGUUCUGGCAUCCAUUCUGGCCGCUGCACCCUUUCUAGAAACUUACUGGUGCAGUGUGCCCGCGUUCCUCGACUUGUGGUUGUCGCAGGAUCGCUUCUGGCUCGGUGCCACACUUGUGAUGAUCCACUUCAUCGUUCCGUCCAACUUUAAUCCGAUAAUUCAUUCGGAGAUAAAGGGUGGAGGACACCCGUACCUGACUGGGCUGUCGAUUGCAGGAGGGAUGUACUUAUUUGGAUUGGAAGGAGCCCUGCUUGGACCGCUGCUGCUCUGUUUAAUGGUGGUUUUGUUUGAAGUAACUAUAAGUGCAAUCCGUGAUAGCCCUACUACCCCUCAAACAAGAAAAUCGAGCCUCGAUACGAACAACGAUAUCUACUCACCCGCUACGACGAGCCAUUUCCGAUUCGCCACAUUCCAGGAACAGAUGGCGGUGGACGGAGCCCAAGGAUCAGGAGCAACAGCAUCGGCACAGGCAAUGCCACCUUUCGGUCCGCUAGUCCGCUCCGCUUCGAACCUUCUGCCAUCGUCUCACCAUUAAAAAUGUGUUACCAAAGUGGAGCUUAAACUUAUGCUUUUCCACAUUUUUCUGCUUUUCUUUCUACUCCCAAAGAGGACGUAACGGAUGAAUAGUGUCCAACGAAGGCUAGCUAGAGAAAAUCUCGAUGUGAUAGUAUUUAAAACACAGAUACUGACAAAACAAUAUAUUUAUCCUAAUGCCAAUACUAUUAAAACGAAAGAUUACCGAAGUUUCGCGCAAAAGCGCGAAUAAAGAGCUGGGAGCAUGUAGGGGCACCGUUGCAUGUAGAAAGCAUUGGGCGGCGUUUAGGGAAACUACUAGCGUUGGAUAUUUUUUUUUGCAA